AUGACAUCAGAGGUCGAUGAUAUUCAGCGUGUGUCGAUAACGCCCGGCGACCACUCAGCGUAUCUUCAAUAUGCUCUCUCACUCGCAGAGAGGUCGCCACCCAAGCCUACGAACUACAGGGUUGGGGCUGCGCUUGUCAACCCUGCCAACAAUUCGAUUGUGUCAACGGGGUACACAUUGGAGCUUCCUGGCAACACACAUGCCGAGCAAUGCUGCUUCAUUAAACUAGCCGAGAAGUACGGGGUAGCCGAGGAGGAGCUUAAUUCGGUGGUCAAAACACCUCUGGUUCUUUACACCACCAUGGAGCCUUGUUCAACCAGGCUCAGCGGAAAUAUGCCUUGUGCCAAGAGGAUCCUCCAGCUGCGGCCUCUCAUCAAGGCUGUCUACGUUGGUGUCCAGGAACCGGAAAAGUUUGUCAGGGACAACACCGGGCGGGGCGCUCUUGAGAGGGCUGGUAUCGAUUUCGUUCACAUCAAGGGUUUAGAGGGCGAGAUCCUGAAGGUAGCUACGGCCGGCCAUAUCAAGAAUCCGUCAUGA